AUGUUGGUGUUUUGCCUCAUUUUCACCCAUCAACUAAGCACACAUCCUCAUUUAGCGAAUUAUCUGGUUUUUCAACUGCCACUUCACACUUUUCUCAAGUUGAAGACGCGACUUAUUAACGUGACCCGUGAAAUAACGCGUGGUAUUGUCGCGAAUCCAAUCGUGACCUCGGUUCUGAUCCGUCACUACAAGGAGUGGCAAGUGGAACCGGAGGAUACCGUGAGGGAUUUGGCCAGUCUCCUCGCUCAACUACGCCACAUCCUCCGACAGGUCCUGCUCAUCACCCCACGAGAGACGGCUCUGCGGAGUGACUACAUAGAAAAAACAGAGAGACGUACCAAAAAGGAUGCCAGAACGAUCCAGCAACUGCUUCAACGCCUCAACGACAUGAAUCAGGCGUUCAAGAAAGUGUCAGAGAAGAAAAUUCUGGAGAUUGAAGAACUCAACGCCAAGAUGCUCGCAGUUGAGCAGAUAACCAGUGAGACCAUCUCCAGAAUGCGAACGAAAUUCGAAGAGGAGCAAGUAGAAGCUCGGAAGAGGCACAAGCAGGCCAUGGCGAUUCUGACUGAGGAAGUGGAGGCAACACGGUUGAUGUACGAGGAAGAGAAGAAAUCCAUGCGAAAACGCGAAACGGCUAUUCGACAGCAGAAGUGGCGACUGGAAUACCAACUUGAGGGUCAUGUGAAUAAGAUGGACCAGAAAUUGUACGAACUCCAGGCGAAGUACGAAGAGACGAUGAAUCAAUACGUCUUUGAAUCUAAGGCCUACGAAAUGCUGACGAAAAAAUUCGAGCCUUUAAAAGUGGAGUACGACGAGAUAAUGGAAGAGGCCGCGAGGCAGGAGGAGGCGAGGCUACAGGAACUACGCGAAAAAGAGGAGAUGAUCAGAUCAGCGACAUUCAUUACUUCGCUCUACAGAUCAUUCAAGGCGCGCCAACGCAUUAGGGCAGAAAGGAGGAGGUGGAAGAAGGGAAGGUUUUGA